AUGGGAAUCAGGCCUUUAGACCUGAGUGUAGAAAUAGCAGGUUGUUGGAGAAUGUUGAAGAGAUAUGAUGGUCGGUUGGUUCCUGUGUAUCUCCCGCUCUUUUUGAAGAGUCUUCUGAAGAGCUUUUUCCACAUCUUAUCAGCUCUUUGUCCAACUUCUGGUGCAUCCAGCACAAUGACCAGCUGCUCUUCCUCUCGCUCAUCCAUGUUCCGUUCUUCAGCGAGGUACAGCUGCAGCAGCGUCACUUCUAUCCAAACUGAAGCUUCCUCUUCUCCUCCAGAUCACCUCUUCAUGCCUUUCCUGAGUCAGAAAGUGACAGCGCUUUUUGGGGGUCGUGAAGGUGACUCAGAGUCAUUCAUGAGCGAGAGAGAAACAUUUGCAGGUUGCCAGGGAGACAGGACAUCUCACACUGGGGGUUACCCAGGUGACUGGAGCCAUGGAGACAAACACGGAGCGAUCUGGGUGGAUGAUCGCUAUUACAUGUCAGUGGACGUCAAUCGAUUUGAGCCGCAUGAUAUAGUGGUGAUGGCCUUCAACAACAAUGUUGUCAUUCACGCUGAAAAGGUCAAACACGAUGGCUGUGUCAUAGACAAGUUUACCCACAAAUCUUUGCUACCAGAGGACAUGGACCCUCUGUCUGUUAGUGGGACUCUGACGCUAGAGGGAGUGCUUGUGAUCAGUGUAAAAAGCAUGUCCAGAGCCCCAUCACAUCCCUGA